CAUGAUGGUGAGCCGUUUCCUUAGACCGAAGAUUACAUGUAUCGUAAAAAAGAUGAUCAGUAGUUACAUCAUCAAGUUGUAAACAAGAGUUGCGAUACUCUCCGUGCGAAACUUCUGUUAUUAAAACAAAAAAGUGCUCCCUCACAACAGUGAGACUUCACUAGAAUUUCAUAAAUUUCUCGUGUGAAAUCCUAGUUGAAAAAAUUUCCGUUUCAACACCACAACACAAAAAAACAUAUUCAAGAUGGGAUCCUUACCAAUCGAUUUUAACCUCUCACCUGAGGCGUGUGAGCCGAUAGCUAUCAUUGGAAUGAGUUGUCGAUGGCCCGGCGAUUCUGAGUCUCCAUCCGAGCUUUGGGAUUUCUUGCAAGCCAAAAGAACUGCAUACAGUGCUUUUCCCGAAGAUAGAAUCAAGACCAAGUCCUUCUACCAUGCAAAUGGUAACCGACCUGGAUCUUUCUACACAGAGGGAGGCGCAUUCCUCAAAUCUGAUGUCCGCAACUUUGAUCAUACAUUCUUUGGAAUACAUCCCAGGGAGGUGAUGAGUAUGGAUCCUGCGCAAAGAAAAUUUAUGGAAGUUGUCUACGAAGCCUUCGAGUCUGGAGGAGUUCCAAUGCAUAAAUUGGCCGGUUCAAAAACUGGCUGUUUCGUCGGAAACUUCAAUUAUGAUCACCAGCUCAUGCAAUAUCGUGACCCCGAGUACCCGCAGCCAUAUUCAGUGACUGGUGGCGGGAUUACGGUUUUGAGUAACCGCGUCAACUAUAUUUUUGAUCUGAAGGGACCGAGCAUGACACUCGACACAGCUUGCUCUAGCUCAAUGUAUGCUUUACAUUUAGCCUGUUCUUCAAUUCAAACAGGGGAGUGUACUGCUGCUGUUGUUGGGGGAUCAAACUUAAUCCUGACCCCAGAAUGCCAAUUGUUUUCUUCGGUACUUGGAGCUGUCUCACCAACAUCUGUUUGCCAUACAUUUGAUGCUGCAGCCGACGGAUAUGCCCGUGCUGAUGAAUUGGUGCUUUAUACAUCAAAAGCAGUGAAGGACGGGGAUCCAAUUCGAGCUGUUAUUCGUGGCACAGCUAUCAACGCAAAUGGGAGAACUGGUGGAAUUACACAUCCAAGCCCCGAUGGUCAAGAAGCAGUGAUUCGUAGAGCAUAUGAACGUGCCGGUGGUUUAGACCCUGCACUUACCGGAUAUUUCGAAUGCCACGGUACUGGAACUGCAGUUGGCGAUCCAUUGGAGAUAUCGGCAAUCGGCCGCGUCUUUGCAAAGUCAAAAUCAAGAGAUUCACCUCUUUUGAUAGGAUCUAUAAAAUCAAACAUGGGCCAUAGUGAGCCAUCGAGUGGUAUCGCAGGUGUCAUGAAAGCUGUAAUCGCGAUAGAGCAUGGAGUUAUUCCACCAACCGUUGGCCUGAAGACUCUCAAUCCUAAUAGCAAGCUUAAAAUUGUAACGGAAAGUACACCAUGGCCCGAUUUACCAGUUCGAAGAGCGAGUAUCAAUUCAUUUGGGUAUGGGGGAGCAAAUGCUCACGCGAUUAUUGAGUCCGUCGAUUCUGUACUUCCCUGGUACCGAGAAUCACGACAGAUUCAUGCAGACAAGGUUGACUCCCAAGUACAUCGAAACGGAGUUAAAAAUGGCGACGAAAAGUUGACUCACAUGCAUCGAAACAAGUUUCUUCUUCCGUUCUCAGCCCAUGACGAGAGAACUCUCGCAGCAAAUAUUUCUGCUCUCAACAAUAACAUCUCAGAUUGGAAUCUGAAUGACAUAGCAUACACGCUCAGUGAGCGACGCUCACUUUUCUCUCAUCGCACCUUUCAGAUCGCUAGUUCUGGUACCGACCAUCAGAUUGCGGAACUUGUACACACACCUAAGAAGAUUUCUUCAAACCCUCCAACUCUUGGUUUCGUCUUCACAGGUCAAGGUGCGCAGUGGCCCGAAAUGGGCGUAACUUUGAUGCAGGAGUUUCCUAUUUACCAAAACACCAUCCGAAUCUUAGAUGCGUAUCUGGACGAGUUACAGGACGGUAGAAGCUGGACCAUUGAGGAUACUCUUCGGCAACCAAAAGAUAAAUCCCAUAUACAUGAUGCAGAGCUAUCUCAACCUCUUGUCACUGCCACUCAGAUAGCUUUGGUUAAUCUUCUAGCUGACUGGGGUAUUAAGCCGUCGGCGGUUGUUGGCCACUCUUCUGGUGAGAUUGCUGCUAGCUAUGCAGCGGGUUUGAUCACAGAGAGGAAUGCAAUUAUUGCGGCGUAUCUCCGUGGUAAAAGUGUGGCUAAAAACAAGGAAGACGGGCUUAUGAUGGCGGUGGGACUUGGAGCUGCAGAAGUCCGCGCAUACAUUGGCCAGAAUGAGGGCAAAGUUAUCGUUGCAUGCCACAACUCUCCAGAAAGUGUUACACUCAGUGGCGACAAAACUGCGCUACUUUCUGUCAAAGAAGCCCUCGAUGGGGAUAAGAAGUUUGCAAGACUACUUUCGACCGGUGGUAAUGCGUACCACUCCCACCAUAUGAAGCCUCUUGGCCCAGAAUACGAAACCAGUAUUGAAAAAUACGAAGAACCGAGCUACCCGAAAGUUAUCAAAGCUCAGCCUUCGAAAGAACCAGCUCCAAAGCCAGCAGCCUUCUUCUCCAGCGUGUACGGUCGUGCACUAGACGAAGGUGCCAACAUAGAUGGUUCAUACUGGAGAAAAAACAUGGAGUCGCCAGUGUUGUUCGCCGAAGCUGUUGCAGCUUUAGUCACAUCGGCGCCAGUUGAUAUUCUCGUUGAAAUAGGGCCACACAGUGCACUUCAAGGCCCGCUCCGACAGAUUUCAAAGAACCAUUCUGGCAGAUUUCCCGAAUACCUGACGGCUAUUGUACGGAACAACGAUAACGCAUCUGAUGUUCUUACCUUGGCUGGAAUGCUGUUUACAAAAGGUCACAAGGUGAACUUAACGCGUGUCAACGAGAGUAAGUGUCCGGUUGAUGAUUGUGGGCAGGUCUGUAAGAUAAUUACCGACCUCCCACACUACCAAUGGCAGUAUUCGGAUGUGUUACUCCUUGAGAAUCGUUACACGCGCGAGUGGCGCCAAAGGCAACAUCCGCGACACGACAUUCUGGGAAGCCGAAUUCCGGGAGGCGUAAAAGACGCACCGACAUGGAGAAAUAUUCUGAGGAACAAAGACCUUCCGUGGCUAACGGAUCAUCGAGUUGGCCAAGAGAUAGUUUUCCCAUCCACAGGCUACCUUGCGAUGGCCAUCGAAGCAGCAACCCAGGCGGUAGAAGUCAAUGGUGGUUUAGAAGAAGAAAUAUCAUCCUACGAAAUUCAGGAUGUCAGUUUGCAAAAGGCAUUGGUGAUCCCCGAAGAGGACGGAGGCAUCGAGAUCCUUUUCACAUUGCGAAAGGCUAGCUUGAAUACCAACAGUGAUUACGAUUCAAGGUUUGAAUUCCUUCUUACUUCGGUAGAUAGUGUGAAUGGAGAAGACAACUUUGUCGAACAUUGUCGGGGUACUGUUCAUGUCAAUUUCAAACCUGAUGUUCCCACGGCGAGUUCAUUGUUGCAGGAGAUAGAUAGUUCAAGACGAGAUUUAAAGGACAUACCAAGCCUCCCUUGGUAUGAAAAAUUUGCCUCCAUCGGGUUGAUUUAUGGUCCAACGUUUCAGGGUCUUUCUUCCAUAAAAGGGGUAGAUCAAAAGAGACUCGCCGGGGCGAAGAUCCCGUUGAAGCCGACAGCAAAACUAAUCGCGGGAGAGUCUCGUUAUGUAAUCCACCCUGCAGCUUUCGAUGCAGCAAUGCAACUCUCUAUUGUAGCUUCACAUUCAAGCACUGCUACCAAAUUCAAGAAGGCGGUUAUGCCUGUCAGCAUCGGCAGCAUCAAAAUUUGGCCAAAAGUAGCCAAGUCCACAAAAGCCUCUGCACAUUGUGUCGCUAGAGGUGCAUUGAAAGGGGUACGAGGGUUGGUGGCGGAUUUGAUACUGCUUGGCGACACACAAAGCAAGAUCCUUGAAGCCAAAGAUAUCCUCCUCAUUGCAUCAGAUCAGAGCUCUUUGAUAUCUAGCAAAAAGGACAGUCCUUAUCUGCGAUUAACUUGGAAACCACUAUUUGAAGAGCUUGAUGAUGAUCUUGUAUCGAGACUUUUCCCACCAAUCACGUUAGAUGACAGUGCAGUGCUGCCAUCUCUAAAUCUUUUAGCGCUGUAUCAACUUAUACAGUUUCGGGAAACACACCAGGAGAUAUUCGCCAAAGGAUCAGAGGUUCCGCAUCUACAACGCAUGCUCGAAUGGACGGUUGAGCAAUUAGAUCGUAUGCGCAAUGAUCCUCUGUCGCCUGCAAACCAGAUCUCCAACCUCACAAAUGAACAGCGGGCAGAGAAAAUUGAGAAAAUUGCAGCAGACCUAAAACCAAAAUCAUCUGAAUGUCGGCUCAUGUGUCAUCUCUACAACAAUCUUUCAGACAUAUACGCAGGCCGAAAGACUGGAAUUCAGGUCGCAUUACAAGACAACUUGCUGAUAGACAACUACGAGAGCGGCCAAGUUUACAAGGAAGGGAAUAAGCGAUUGGCUUCUAUGGCCGCACUAUAUGCCCAUCAACAACCUAACUUGAAGAUCUUGGAAGUUGGAGCAGGCACCGGUAGUGCUACGCGAGAGAUUCUUCCUGCGCUGAAAGGCAAUACAGUAUGGCGACAGUAUGCAGAAUAUCGAUUUACAGAUACGACAACUUCCUUUCUAGCUGGUGCAGAAGAUACUUUCAAAGGCUUUGCUGGAAUGACAUUCGGUGCCUUUGAUAUGGAGAGGCCCGCGAAUGAGCAGGGAUAUCAGCCGGAGUGGGAUCUGAUUGUUGCAUCGAAUGUUAUCCACGCAACCUCAAACAUCAAAAGAACUCUCGAAAACAUUCGCAGCGCAUUGAAGCCAGGGGGAAAGAUUAUUCUGCUUGAGUUGACAAGAUCAAAUUUGAGUGCCGGUUUGGUCCUUGGAACCUUUUCGGAUUUCUGGAAGGGUGAUCUUGAUACAGAGUUCCCGCGACGCAACGGACCAUUCCUAAGCAAGACUAUGUGGCGUGCAGUUUUACCAGAAGCGGGAUUCAAGGGACUUGAUUUCCAUUUGGAUGAUUACGCAGGUGAUCAUAUUUCUGCAACAGUUAUUUGUGCAACUGCUGCCCAGCCGUCUCUUGCACCAAAUCCAGAUUUGCCAUCGUCGCAACCAGGGAUAACAUUGAUUUAUCGCAGCACUCCAUCUGCCUAUACUCUUGCCCUCAAAACCUGCAUUGAACAGAAAGGCAUGCCCGCAGAACUCUUAGAAUUGUCGGAAAGCAAACAACUUCGAUACAAGCGGCUAUUAUUCGUUGUUGAACUCGAAAGGCCUUUGUUCCUGGAAACCAAUGCUUCUGAAUGGAGAGGUCUUCAAAACUAUUUCGAACAGGCUAGUUCCGUCCUAUGGGUGACAAGCGGAAAUCUUCUAGAGGGCAAAAAUCCUGAAUUUGCAAUGAUUUCCGGACUUGCCCGUGGACUCAAGGUUGAAAAUGCCAGUCUUAAUUUAGCCAUGCUUGAUGUUGAUCAUGCACUCGAUCCAACCGAGAGCAAAGACCUUGAUUUGCUCCUGAGCCAUGAGGACAAAAUAUCGAAUAAGGCAGACUUACACAGUGACGUAGAGUUUAGACAAAAGAACGGCAUCGUUUACAUCAGUCGUGUAGUUCCGGAUGAAGCUUUGAACGAAGAAUCAAAGGUCAAAGGGAGUCAGCAAACUUCCACACAAGAGGUUCAGAUUGCAGAUAUGAGAUCCACCCCUCUGAAGUUGGCCAUUGACAAACCUGGAGUCUUGAGCACAAUCCACUUUCAAGAAGAUCCAGACUUCACAGAGUCUCUUGCCGAUGAUUGCGUUGAGAUAGAAGUCGCUUAUGCUGGCAUCAACAACAAAGAUAUAGCUGUUGUUACAGGCCGGCAUCACUCCAAUACUUUUAGUGACGAAUGUGCCGGUGUUAUAACCAAGAUUGGGGCUUCUGUAAAAGAUCUGAAGCCUGGAGAUCGAGUCUAUUGUCAAUCGUUUGCGAAGUUUGGGAACUUUGUUAGAGACAAAGCUUGCUUCUGUAAAAAGCUCCAACCCGAAGAUACAUUCGAAAGUGCAUCGACUUUGCCUAUCGCGUUCUGCACUGCUAUAUACGGGCUCAUCGAUCUCGGAAGAUUGCGAUCGGGCGAAUCUGUACUGAUUCAAUCCGCAACCGGAGCAGUUGGCCUGGCAGCUAUCCAAAUCGCCAGAUUGUGUGGAGCUGAGAUUUAUGCCACUGUCGGAACAAAGGAGAAGAAAGAACAGCUCCUUAAAAUGGGCUACGGGAUCACAGAAGAUCACAUCUUCUGGUCGCGCGAUGCCGAUUCAGCGCAAAGUCUCUGGGAUUACACCAAAGGGAAAGGAAUAGAUGUGAUAUUAUGUAGUGCUCGGGGAGAGAUGAUGCAUGAUUAUUGGCGUUGUAUAGCACCUAUGGGACGGUUUGUUGAGAUUGGGCGAACGGAGGUUUUAGAAAAGGGGAAGCUCAACUUGGAUGUCUUUCAACGAACUGCUACAUUCGCUUCUUUCGAUCUGGAGGUAAUGAGUAGCUUGAGGCCAAAGGUCAUUGGCGACCUAAUGACUAGCUUAGACCAUUUCAAGCGUGUUGGUUUGAUUCGACCCCUACCAUACACAGCGUACCAUGUCUCAGAAAUUGACAAAGCUCUCAUGACUUUUGGCAAAGGUGCCCAUAUUGGGAAGAUUGUUGUCGGGUAUGAACAGAAGAGUAGCAUUGGACUCAAGGUACGAUUGAGUCCUUUCAAAUCGAAAUUUGAUCCAAAUGCAGCUUAUCUGUUAGUUGGCUGUCUGGGAGGUCUGGGCCGUUCGUUCAGCAGAUGGGCUGUCGAUCGAGGUGCUCGAAACCUGAUUUAUCUCUCUCGCAGUGGAAACUCAAACAAGAACACGGAAACUUUUCUCAGCCAGCUUCGACUUCAAGGCGUCAAUACUCAAAUCGUCCAGGGUGAUGUUGCAUCGUUAGCGGAUGUCAAAUCGGCAGUCAGCAGUACUGAUCUACCAAUCAAGGGUGUCAUACAAGGAGCUUUAACACUUCAUGACGGACUUUUCAGUUCCAUGACCCUUGAUCAAUUCGAGUCCACAGUACGCCCUCGAGUAAUUGGCACACUGAAUCUUCACGAGGCCCUGAAAGAUUCGCCGUUGGACUUCUUUCAGAUGUGGAGUUCAUGGACAGUGAUGUUUGGCACAGCAACACAGAGCAACUACCUCUCUUCCAAUGCUUUCAUGGAUGCAUUUGCCCGUUACAGACAAAGCCUGGGAUUGCCUGCUACUUCCUUAUCGCUUAGCCAAGUUCUUGGGAUCGGAAUCGUCAGUUAUAUGCCCGAAUACCAGCAAGCUAUGAUACGCAACGGCUUUUAUGGUAACGACGAGGAUGAAUUCUUGCAAUAUUGCGAUGCUGGAAUCGGUCCUGCUUCGCAAACAACAGCGUACGAAUUUGAUCCCCUAGCUCAAGGGCAUCUUCUUGUGGGAAUUGAACCUGCAGGGCUACAAGAGAUCAAUGAAAAGUAUCCCAUCGACGACAUGCCUUGGUCACUUGAUCCACGAUUUCGCAACUUGGUCCAAGCUACGCAUAUGCUUUCGGGUGUUACGACAUUGGGCAAGGAGACUGGAGAUCCAUCGGAAGGUUUGAGUAUCGUUGAACGCAUCCGACACAAGAUUUCGAGGCUUCUAUACGUGGAUCUCGAUGAAGUCGACACUGAGACACCAAUUAAUAAAUAUGGAAUCGAUAGUAUGAUAGCGGCCGAGAUUCGAAAUUGGCUGUUCACGAAGUUUGGCAAGGAUGUUUCUCUCUUGACGAUGCUUGGAGCAACGACAACGGUGACAACGCUGGCAGAAGUUGUCUCCAAACGAUAGAAGCAUGAGAGAUGGAUGGAUCAAGAGGAUGUUGUGAAUAGAAAUAGGAUUGGGUUCAUUUUAUGUGGAACAAUCAAUGUGAGACUGGAAUGUGAAAUGAAUGUGAGUUGAGUUGAGUAAAUGCAUCCGUAUACGUACCUAGUACCUGCAAGAAGAGAUCGAAAGCAAACCAAGCCAGUCCAAUCAAUCUCUGAUGUAUUGAUGGUCAUGUGAUAUCCAGACUCGAACCUCGGCCUCUCGAGUGCCUCCUUUAUCAGGCAACAAUGACCUAUUCGCAGGUGAAUGCCUGAUUCUCAAAAA